AUGUCUCAAAGCCAAUUCGGCGGUGGUUGCAUAGCAUCAAAAUGUAAAAUUGUCGCCUUGCUUUUCUUCAUGACAGUUACACUUUACCUGUCAGUUGAACUCUGUCUAUUCAUUUCCGAUCAGUAUGUGUUCUACAGUGCUGUUACGGAACAAGGACUUCCAUAUUUAACACGACAGGAAAGACAUAAAUAUCGCAACUUUUCGUCUGAAGAUCAAAUAAAAUUGAAGAUUGCACAGAGGAAAGCUGCUACGCUGGAAGCUACAUCAAAUUCUGUUAGGAUAACAGUUGGCUUGAUCACCAUGCUAAUUGUCGGUUAUAUAUCAGAUCGAUUUGGUCGACGAUUGGCCUUGGCUAUAUUACUUCUUGGAGAAAUUCUGCAUAUAGCAACGACCAGUUUGAUAGUACUAAUGAAAUUAAACGUAUGGCUAAUAAUUGCCUCUGGAUUUUUUGAAGCCUGUUUUGGUGGUGGCCUUUUAUCUCUUUAUUCUCAAGUUGCAGCAGUGAUGGUCGAUGUGACAAGAUUAUCACAUAGCAAAGACCACGAGAGCAGUGAAGCAGCUGUGCUGGAAAAAAUUAAUCAAGAAGUAUGGGUUUGGUUCACUGUCUUCGAAUCUAUAGCCUUACUGUGUGCAUCUCUCGGCAGCCCAGUAGGAGGGACUUUAAUUUAUCGGUAUGGUUUCAAAACGGCAGUUAUUACCUGUAUUUGUCUAUUAAUACCAAGUCUAUUGCUGAUCUUUAUCUUACCGGAGACUAACAGGGUACACAAUGAAUGUAUAAAAGUUAAUAAACAGGACAAGAAAACCCAUACGGACAAUCGUAAUGUGAAUAAUGAUGAGUUGAAUGAUGUUGAUGCAAACAGUGAUUAUAGCGACUCACGUACAAUUGAAAUGGAAGGAAAUUGGAAACAAAAGUUUACUGGAAAGUUAAAGAUGUCACUGUACGCUAUGAAGAGUUUGAGUGGCAUCCUAAUAAUCGUUGUAAUAGUUGUUAUACUCUGUUCGAUUACUUCACUGGUGGACCUACAAUAUAUUGUCAUUUACCUCAUGGGUUCUCCAUUUUUAUGGAAUCCUCAAGAAGUUGGAAUAUAUAUAGGCGUCAGUGACCUUGUGUCCUCUAUAGUAGGAAUAGUUUAUACAAUAAUCGUCAUAAAAUUUCGACUAAGGAAGAAAUCGAAACAAAAGGGAGGAGAAAUUCCAUCUCAAAGUGAAACUACCAAUAAUGCAUCGAAGAUUUCCUUCAAAAGGCAUAUGAAAUUACUGGUGUAUUCUCUAGCAGGUUCAUUGGCAAUGAUGGCGGCGAACAAAGUUAUGAUGGCUGUGGCUUACGGAUUUCCAACUCGCAUGGCCAAUAUCAUAGUUUAUAUAGCCGCCAUUCCUCGGUUAAUGAAAAGUUUUGUUGCUCCAAUUGCUCGUUCAAUGUUUUCGUUAUGUGCACCUCCUGGCAAUCAAGGAAUGGUUCAGUCUUUUGGAGGAUUUGUUGCUCGAAUUGGUGUACUAAUUAGUCUGACUGCCUUACCAGCUUUAUAUGCUGCUACCGUGACAGUAUUUCCUCAGACAGUAUUCAUUGUUGUCAGUGCGAUGACAGUGGUUGCAAUUAUAUUUGACUUGUUGAUCCUGAAAUUGAGGGCUUUAGAUCCUGUUUUGGUCAUUAUUAUGUCUGUGGCUCUUUUUGGUUCUAUUUCGGCUCUGGCCGAUUUACAAUACGUCGCUGUCUACCUCAUGGGCCCUCCUUUCCUAUGGAGUCCAGAACGUGUUGGACUGUACUCGGGUAUAACAGAUGUUACAGCAGCUGUCAUCUCAGUUGUAUUCACCAUUGUGAUAAUUAAAUUGGACGAGAAGAAAAAAGCGCGUGCUAAAGCAACUGAAGCCGACAAUGUCACAAACGAGAAUGUACCAGAACCUCAAAGAACAGAAAAGCAUUACACCCGGCUAAUGAAUUUGCUUGUUGCAGUACUUGCUAUCUCACUGCUAAUGCUAAUAAUAAAUCGCACAGCUGUUGGUCUAGCUCACAGAUUCCAGUUACCGACAGCAGAUAUAAUAAUUUAUGUUGCUGCCGUCCCAAGAUUAAUGAAAAGUUUCUGCACUCCCCUAGCUCGAACGAUGUUUUCAAUAUGCACUCCUCCAAGUAAACAAGGAGUGAUGCAGUCAGUUGGAGCAUUUGUUUCUCGAAUCGGUCUUCUGAUUAGCCUGACAGUACUUCCUGCUAUAUAUGCGGCAACUGUGUUAACAUUCCCGGCAGCUGUGUUUAUUGUUGUGGUGGUUUUGAUUACCAUAACGCUUAUUCUUGAUCUAGGAGUUGUAGACGUUGUUGGGUCUUUCCUAUCAGUAAUUCUAGCCUACUUUCUUAUGAAAUUCGAGGGAAAAAGAAAAAGUGUUAUUGAAGUGAAAGCCUAUGAAACUGAAGAUGUAGAACGAUUGGAAAAUAUAACAAAUCAAUCAAAUUCUCAUCACAAAUUGGUUGCACUUGUGAUUGCUCUUAGCAUAACACUGAUACUGUUGAUUUGCAACAGAUUUCUAGUUGGCAUAGCCUAUAUGUUUUCCGUUCAAACUGCAAAUCUUCUUGUUUACAUAGCCAUCCUACCGAGAUUAAUGAAGUCUUUCAUUGUCCCGGUGUUGAGAACCAUGUUUAUAUUGUGUACUGCUUCCAGCAAACACGGUGAAUGUGGAAAGUAUUUAUAUUUGGUAAAUCACUUCAAAAUAACAAAGACUUGUAAUUUUGUGAAAUCUACACAAUGAUCACUGACGCAGAACGUGUGGACUAUGAGAAAAUCUCAAAAGAAAACAAGGAUUCAUUUCACUUGUUCAGAAUAUUUCAUUGAGUCAUUACUUACAAUUGGAAUAGUAUUAAUUAAAUACUAUGCAUCAUUUUAUUUCUUAAAUAUCCUGUGUGAUAGUAACGAAUACGAAGGCAUAUUUUGUUUCAGAAUGAUGAGGAUUGUUCAUGUUCCUGCAGGUUUAAAACAUUCAACAGACAUCAUGGUGAACUUCCUGAUACACUGUGCUCCUAUUCACCGACUGAUUCUAAAUCCGUCUCUGACAACUUAUUGAAAACUCUCCG